GCGGACAGGUUCAGUUCCGUUCAGUUCAGUCGCUCAGAUACGGCUCAGGUCAGCGCCAUGGUGGCCCACCUGGCCAGGGUCCGGUGGGACGCUGUCUUUGCCGCUGCCCAGAAGGGCCCGCGGGUCUCCUGCCGGAGGUGGGCUGGCGCCUCGGCGGACAACGUGUACGAUGUGGUGGUGUCAGGGGGAGGCCUGGUAGGCUCCGCUAUGGCUUGUGCCUUAGGACAUGAUAUUCACUUUUGUGACAAGAAAAUCCUGUUGUUAGAAGCAGGUCCAAAGAAAGUACUGGAGAAAUUGCCAGAAACUUAUAGCAACAGGGUCAGCUCCAUCUCCCCUGGCUCUGCAACCCUUCUCAGUAGUUUUGGUGCCUGGGACCACAUCUGCAACAUGAGAUAUAGAGCCUUUCGGCGAAUGCAGGUGUGGGAUGCCUGCUCAGAGGCCCUGAUAAUGUUCGAUAAGGAUAAUUUAGAUGACAUGGGCUAUAUAGUGGAGAACGAUGUCAUCAUGCAUGCUCUCAGUAAGCAGCUGGAGGCUGUGUCAGACCGAGUGACCGUUCUCUACAAGAGCAGAGCAGUCAGCUAUACCUGGCCUUAUCCAUUUUCCAUGGCAGACUCCAGCCCUUGGGUUCAUAUUACCCUAGGUGAUGGCAGAACCCUCCAGACCAAAUUGUUGAUUGGUGCAGAUGGUCACAACUCAGGAGUGCGGCAGGCUGCGGGAAUCCGGAAUGUUAGCUGGAACUAUGACCAAUCCGCUGUCGUGGCUACUCUGCAUUUAUCAGAGGCCACUGAAAACAACGUAGCUUGGCAGAGAUUUCUCCCCUCUGGGCCCAUUGCUCUGCUUCCGCUCUCAGACACUAUGAGUUCCUUGGUUUGGUCCACAUCCCAUGAACAUGCAGCAGAGCUGGUCAGCAUGGAGGAGGAGGAGUUUGUGGAUGCCAUUAACUCCGCCUUUUGGAGUGAUGUGAACCACACAGACUUCAUCGACUCAGCCGGCUCCAUGCUACAGUCUGCAGUUGCCUUUCUGAAGCCCACUAGAGUCUCAGCUCGCCAGCUGCCCCCCAGUGUAGCCAGGGUGGACGCCAGAAGCCGAGUCCUGUUUCCUCUUGGGUUGGGACAUGCUGCCGAGUACGUCCGGCCUCGGCUGGCCCUCAUUGGGGAUGCAGCCCACAGGGUCCAUCCACUUGCAGGGCAAGGUGUCAACAUGGGCUUUGGGGAUAUCUCCAGCUUGCUCCAUCACCUCAGUACUGCAGCCUUCAACGGCAGAGACUUAGGCUCCAUGAGCCACCUCACAAGUUAUGAAACAGACCGACAGCGCCACAACACCGCUCUUCUGGCCGCUACGGACCUGCUGAAAAGGCUCUAUUCCACCAGGGCCACCCCCCUCGUGCUGCUCAGGACCUGGGGCCUGCAGGCCACGAAUGCAGUGUCUCCACUCAAAGAACAGAUUAUGGCCUUUGCAAGCAAAUGAACACUCUUCUUCUGGAGAUGAUGUUGAUGAAAAAUGCAUAUCGAACAUCUUUUUCCAAGACCACAUCAUUUCAAAAUUUAAUAAAUUUACAUUAGAAUUCUGCA